CGACGCUCAGUAUCGCAAGUGUCUGCGCGCGCGCACGACAUGUUCUCCGCAGCGGUCCUGCUCGUCGCGUGCGCGGCUACUGCCGCCAUCGACCCGAAAGACUUUAACACGACUGCAAUCAACAAACAAGUGCUGCAAAAACUAUCACCUAUAUUAAACUCUAACAUCACUUUGAACGACCGAGAACUAGCUUUUUUGAACCGUACGGUCCAAAAUUUAGGAGUGGAUAAAGAUUUAGUGGCGAAAUUAACUGGUUUAGUUAAUUUAAAUGGUACUUUGAAGAAAGAGGUUUCGAAGGUAGUUGCGGAAGUUAAAUCUUCCUCUUAUGAUGCGUAUGGGGAUGAGAUAGGGGACAAGGAUGGGAAUGUACGGCAUGUGGAAGAAUCCCCGGACUAUGCGUCUUCUGUAGUGCUUGCCAGUGAUCUGUUGUCCCUGACCAGUGCGGUCGCUAGUGUCAAAGACGAGGUAUGCAGGGAGCAAGGGUACAAGUUCCUGGAUGGAUUGAUUAUGAACAAGAGAUGGGCGUUGAAGAUGUUUGAUGCAUCAGCAAAGUCUCCACAAGGUCUCCUCUUCGGUUCAUCGUACCAUCUUGGCAACUUCGACGAGUGCGUGGCGAUUUCUGACCCCGGGUACAACGGGGUAACCAUUCAGGGGCAAUACUGCUUGGCUACUAUCAAGUGGAGACAGAAACAUGAAAACGAGAAGACGAGAACUGGUCGAGGCGAGACCCUCCGGUGGGCAGUGUGCGUGCCGAGCGCGUGUCACGCCAACUCCGUCGCCAGCUUCGUAAGCAGUGUCCUGGCGCACACCGUCAGCAACACUACUGGAGUCGAAGUCAAUGACAGAGACUGCUAUACGAGAAGACCACUGGAAAUCACUACCUUGGAUGUCGCUUAUUUAUCUCUCAUCUUACUCUUCGUGACUAUCCUGUUCUUCAGCACUGUCUUCGAGAUCUACAUCAUCUACUACGGCGGGAACAAGGAAUCUGUCAUCACCAGUCUCAUUAUCUCCUUUUCUAUGAUCAACAAUUUGAAGAAAAUCAUUUCUACGAAGCAACACAACACCUUGGGAUUGGAGUGCAUCACUGGGAUCAAAGCUUUGGCCAUGGUCUUCAUUAUUGCUGGCCAUGCGUGCAUGUUCAUCGCCAGCGGACCUGUCAUGGAUGCCGAUGCUUGGGAUCGGUUAGUCCGUCAGCCAGCCAACGCCUUCAUGCUGAACAAUACUCUACUAGUGGACACAUUCCUGAUGCUCAGCGCCUUCCUCUUCGCAAGACUGAUGUUCGUGGAGCUGGAUAAGAGACGGGGCAAGUUAAAUGUCCUGCCCAUUCUGAUAUUCCGAUAUAUCAGAGUAACUCCAGCAUACGUGAUCGUGAUACUUUUCUACAUGACCUGGCUUCCAAAGAUCGGUGAGGGACCUUUGUGGCAAGAUAGAUUGCAGCUAGAGCAACAGAGAUGCAUGGAUUCUUGGUGGACAAACAUUCUCUACAUCAAUAACUACGUUAAUACUGAUAAAAUGUGCAUGUUCCAGUCUUGGUAUCUCUCGGUCGAUACUCAGCUGUUCUUCAUAGCACCAAUCUUCAUCUACAGUCUGUGGAGAUGGAGAAAAUUUGGACCAAUCCUAAUAUCAUUGGCCAUAGUCAUCUCACUGAUUGUACCCACCGUGAUAACCUAUCAGGGUCAAUUGGAUCCAACACUUUUGUUCUAUGCCAAAGAAUUCACAGAUAUCGUUUCCAACUAUUAUUUUAACGAAGCUUAUAUUAAAACACAUAUGAAGUUAAUUACUUACUUCAUGGGUAUCCUGACUGCGUUCGUGCUGCAUCGAAUACAAACAGAGAACUACCAGUUUUCAUACAUCCUGAAAACUUGCGCGUGGAUCACGAGUUUCAUCCUCGGCACUGUGACAAUUUUCACGGUUUCUCUUUUCUACCAAGAGUGGUACGAAUACAACGUUAUUGAGGCCGCAGCUUACAUUUCAUUGCACAAACUUGCCUGGGGUAUCGCUAACGGGUGGCUUAUUGUUGCCUGUGCUACUGGAAAUGGAGGAGUUCUUGGAAAAUUGCUGACGUGGAAAUUCCUCGCACCAUUCUCAAGACUGACCUUCUGUGCCUAUUUGGUUAACGGAAUAGUGGAACUUUAUUAUGUUGGGGAAUUGAGACAUCCGUUGUACAUUAAUUUCUUUACAGUGAUGGCGAACGCGAUAUCCCACAUAGUGCUGACGUUUUUCCUUGCCCUGUUUCUAUGUUUAACCUUCGAGUCACCUCUACAUGGAAUCGAGAAGAUUCUACUCAGGAUGUUUGCACGUCCAGUAUUAAGUGACAACGCAAGAAAAGACAACUCGGUGGAAUCAUCGAGAAAUACUAGUCAAUCAAAAUUAGAGUCAUAGCAUCGUUAUUACAAAUAGUUAUUAAUGUUAUGCCAAAGUCCCUGUGUGAUAUUUACACAGUCGAUUUUGUAAACUUAUUCGUGAUACCUCGAUUUAACGUGAUUUACCCAUACAUAUAAAUGUGAUCUUAUUUCUUCUUAUCGAAGAUAAUCGUAUCGAUCGAGAUCUUAACGGUUUGAGAACCAUUAAAUAUGUUGUGUAAAAUGUUUUGUUUUUGAUAGGACUGUGUGUAGGUUUUUGGAAUUGCGCAAU